AUGAUGUAUCCAGCCUAUGCAGAGGCAGUGCUUCUGUCCUGGGCGGGCCAAAAUGACGGAGAGACCUUUGUUAAGGAGUUUUGUGAUUGGGCUUGGGAAAACUUGCAGACUAGCCAGAAGGCACGGAGAUCAGCUGCGGUUGAGCUUUUUUUGAAAGAGUUUCUGGGGGGCCAGGACUUUGACUUGGCGACAGCGGUAAAAGUCAACGGCCUGUCUGGGUCGCAAAUUCGGGUUCCGCUCCUGAACAUGUUUGUUACGAAGCUUGCAUCCGAGGAACAUCACAAAUGUCUUGAGCAGGACCAGCUCAAGCGGCUUCAAAGCUUCAUAGCGUACCUUUUGAACAGCAUCGUUGCUUCAAUUCUGAAUGCUCGCAAGAAGGAAAAGCAGGAAGCAGAGGUCAGGAAAAUCAAGGAGGAGAUACUCAGCCGAGCGCCUUGGAAGCUAGGGCUGAGAAGAAAGCACCCCUCAAAGGUUCUUCUUUGGCUCGAAGAAGAGCUCUUUCAGCUAGAAAGCAGUUUCGUAAAGGGAUUCUGGGAAGAAGGGGCGGAGAAGGGCCGGCUGGCGAGGCGCAAAGUAACGUAUCCAGCCUAUGCGGAGGCAGUGCUUCAGUCCUGGGCGGACCAAAGCGACCGGGACGAGUUCGUUGAGAAGCUUUGCGACUGGGCAUGGUGUGUUAUGAGUGACCAGGAGCGACCCUUGCUAAGAAGAGCUGCGGUUGAGUUGUUUCUGGAGGAGUUUCUAGGAGGGGAAGAGUCUGACUUGGCAACAACGGUGAACUUUGAUGGCUUGUCUGGUUCACAGAUCCUGGUUCCGCUCCUCAACAAGUUUGUUGCAAAGACUGCUACCGAGGAACACCACAAGUGUCUCAAUAAAGAGCAACUUAGGCGGCUGGAAACCCUCCUAGAAAACCUUCUGUACAACAUGUUUACGUCGAUCCUAAAUGGUCGCAAGAAAGAAGCCGAGGCAGCAGAGGUCAGGAAGGUCCAGGAGGAGAUUCUAAAUCCAUCAGCUCCCUCAUCUGAACAAACGCCAAGAUUGGUAACGUUUGGAGCGAAGCAGCAGCCAUGGAACUUUCGAGAGGCGAAGGUAACCGAGGCGCAGCCGUUUGCUGUGAGGUCAUUCUUAGCUGAGGACGAAUCUUUGAAAGCGCGGAAGGCUCCAGCCGUGGUGAUUGCCUGGGUCGAUGAACAGAUCCGUAAUUUGGACCUCCAUUUCGACGAAGCUGCGAAGGGCUAUGCAGAGAAUGCAGAGGCCCGGAAGGAGCGCCAAGCGAAGCGCAAAGCGCUCUACCCCCUCUUCGCUGACGCACUGCUGCAGUCCUGCUUGGAUGGAAACGAGGAAAGCUUCACAGAGCAGUUCUGUGAGUGGGUGUGGCGCUCUAUCGCCUGCCACCCGCGAGAGAGUCGCAGGAUGGCUGAGAUUGAGCUCUUUCUCCAAAAGUUCCUGGCGGGUAAGACAUCGAAGGCUGUGUCGCGUGACGGUCUUUGCGGAGCAGAUCUCGCAGGUCCCGUCUUUCAGGUCUUUGUUUCGAAGCUCACAGCGUCCGGCGAGCGCUUGGAUCUUGAUCCGAAGGAGAGAGAGAGGAUCCGGGACUUCCUGAGGAACUUGCUGAACCGGCUGGAAAAGGCGAUAAGCAAAGACCUCAAGAAGUUCGACUCGAACAAGAUCAAGGCCCAGAAAAUGAAGGAGGCAGUCUUAAAGCAAGCUCCUUGGAUGAAGAAGAUGUGAUGCCUAGCUUUAAUGAGGAGCCGUUUAGGUCAUCCAGAAUCUUUCUUUCAGCAUUGAAAAGCCGUUUACAAGGAAAGAUAGACGUUUGUCAAUGGAUCAUCACUUUUGUAAAUAUUGUGGCCGGUAAAGUUUUCUGAUUGUCGUCUAAUGGAGACACGGAGACGUCAGGAUGACGUUUCCUGUCGGACUCCACGCUUUUGAUUUGCUGCUUUCCAGUCAUGUGCAAGAAUCUCGAAGGCGGCACCUGUGCAUUAAUGUUAAGGAGGCGG